GCUAACGAUGUCUCUGCCUCUAACCUCAGGAGUUAAUGUGUGCGAUAACCCGUAAUAAUACUGGAAAUUGGCAAACAAAAAACGUUAGCUAGCCGUGUAAUGUUAGCAUUCAGAAGAGUGUAGCGUGUUAGCUGUCAUAAAUCAAUAUAACGUUGGUUAGCCCACGUUAUAACACAUCUGUCAUCUCGCUGCACGAAUAGUCCUGUUACUGUUGAACAUGAGUUUUAACCAACACCUGGUUAUAAUAGCAUUGGAAACGUUUGGCAUGGAAAAAGCGGAUUUUUCUGCUGAAUUUCCAGCGGGUGUGGCGAAAUUUUAAACAAACUGCAUUCAAGGCAAAUUGAGGUUUCAUGUCACCUUGUGGUUAUUCUCAUCUGUGAUCCCUCUGCAGCGGCAAUGACACAAAACACAGAUUUAAACGCUGCAAACAUAUGGGAUAGGGUUAUGUGAACAGCAUCAUCUUCAGCCACACGAUGGAUAACGAGAAGAGUAAGACGUGCCAAGGAGAGAAGCUAGACUCUGCUGUGGACGACACCCUGGAUGAAUAUUUAAUCGCCCUCCAGCAGAAGAACAGGAUCUUAAAGCGCCUUAAAGUCAAAGACCCCAGGGAGAUUGAGUUGGAACAGCUGGAGCAAGGUUUCUCCAUUUAUCUUAACGGAGCCAAUGCUGAAGCCAGUAAAAAGCAGCCCAAGAGCUCCAACCACAGGUCUGACACCUCCACACCUGCUUGGAGGUCUGCACUUGCUGCAGCAGAUGUCUGUCGAAGCGCCCACCAGUUAACUGAAGACAGCCGUAAUCUGGAGCAUACCAACAGGAAGAGGAGUCACACUGCUCCAGGAAAAGUCCAGAGGAAAGAAUGGGUGCAGGAUUCUGUCAGAAUUCGAACCGAGGAAGGACCGAGUGUGCAGAUCUGUCCAGAAAAGCGCUACUCUGAGGAUUUUGAGCCCUAUGAAAGCGCAGACAUGGAGAGCUCCAGUCAGCGCUCGUCUCGUAGUCCCUGCUCCCCAAGGGACACCUGCAAGGUGUCGCGCUCCUUCAGCUCCAGGCAUGAGGGCCAAGGAGGCCAAGCAAAUCAGGAGCACAAUGAGAAGGUGCUUCUCAACCUUGAGGAAGUGAAGGUUCUGCGUCGGAGCCUGGAGGUUAGCAUGCGGCGAAGCAGCCGGGGCUCGGCGGGGGAGGAGUCGGAUGAGGAGUGGGUGGAGGAGCAGAUCGAGAGGGAGGAGAGCACUGAGAGUCUGGAUGAACUGGGGCUGCCUCUCUCGUCCUCCAAGUCCUCCUCCAACCCUCGGUCCAGCGGCUCCCAUAGCAGUUUCGACUCAGCAAAUCUCAUUGUCCUGGACUUUGGACCCUCAACCAAAGGUCGUAAGAUCGAACGCUCUUUGUCUGCAAAGAGAAGAGAAAACACCGACAACUUUAUACCCACCAAGCCUAUGUUGGUGAAGAGCAAAACAUUAGACCGGCCACCUUCCAAAGACAGCUGGGAUUGUCAGAGGCCAAGGAGUCGGGUGGAGAGGCCCUUGUCAGCAGCCAGAAAGGCUUCUGUUGAGGAGCGAGACCCAGAGGAUAUGGCGUGCAGGGUGCGCCAGGCCAUGCAGAGAGAAAACGACCCGGCGCAGAGUCUGGAGCUCUUCGGCCGCAACACGGGCAGGGGACACCAGAUGAUGACGAAUGGCUCAGCGCACCACAACAGUCACGACAAGGAUGAGAACAGUGUCACUGUGGCCAUGCAGAGAAUCACGCUCAUGGGCCCCGGGUAUGCUGACAGAAUAUGGCACCUCGAUACACAGAUACUGCAACAACAGAAACUGCUGAAAGCCUUGGAGAAACUUGAAGUAGGACCCAGCUACAACAUUCCUCAGAGUGUCAAAACAGACUAUAGCAAGCAGCCGAGAAGGAUGGCCUCGGCAGAGGUCACCCCUGCAUUGUAUGUUACCAUGGAGAUCCUGUCAAACUGGGGGAGCGCGUUGCAGGUCGGGCUGACUGAGCUGCAGUUCUUCUGCCUCAGAAACAAGAAGCUGUACGUGUCUCCUCACGACCUCGACAUCAGGAAUGCUGACUACCCCGGGAACCUGGGAGCGCUUGUUAAUGGGAAGGUGAAGACCACCAAAGAGCGUCACAUGUGGUUGUGUUCGUUCCACCCCCCCAUCCAGCUCUACUUCGUCAUCAGGAACUCGGAGCGCUCCCCAGACUUUGGAAUAUCUCACAUCAAAAUCUGGAACUACAACAGAAGCCUCAAUGAUCUUGACAUUGGUGCACGGCAUAUUAAGCUGUACCUUAACAGCACAUUGGUGUUUGAAGGUGAGCUGGAGAAGGGCUGCGGCAACCAGGUCUUUGACUACAGCACCGCAAUUGACCUCCAGGAUUUCCAGGUUUCAGACUCCUUGUUUUCCAGCCCCGUGUCUUCGGGACACAAUCUACGGGAUGCCAGCCCCCUGCGCCACGAGGACAGGAAGGGUGGGGAUGGCAGCAGCACCCAGCUCCACCACAGUUGGAAUCCGCAGCCACCAGACACAGGCCAUGCUAUGAUGGACAUGCAGGAUAAAUCACAUGCACUGCUACCGCCCAUCACUCCACCAGUGGGGGUUUCAUCCUGCGCUCAUCGCUCCUCCACACAAAGAAGCUCUUUUGACCUGUCUGCCUCAGAGGAGCCCCUCUCUCUCAGGCAGCAGGUGGAGCAGCCUGCACCCAUGGAGCAGACUGUCACCACCCAGCCGUCCUCCUCACGGGUGGCCCCCCAGUGGCUGCAGCCCCUAAACAGAGGAGCUCCAGAAGGCUGCGAGGCCAGCAGGGAGAGGCCCCGGUGGCUGGUGCCGCAGCACUCUGCAGAGCCCAGAUCGCCGUCAGCCUCGCCCUCUUCAAUGCUCCCGGAGCUGCCGUGUAACCCGGGCCGAGUUUGCAGGGGGAUGGAGAGGACAGUGAACGGGGGUCAGUGCAAGGCUGACUCUUUGGACCUGAGCUGCGACCUGCUGGAGGAGCUCGCUGAGCAAACGUCAGACAGGCCUAUCAGCGGGCGCAGGAGCUCAUUUCGAAACACUGCAGUCACUGGCAGGCAGACAGAGGAGCAGCACCUCAGAGCCGCUGAACUCUCAAACACAGAAGAGCCCAUGUCAUUAGUGAACGCUAGAAGGAGGCAGUACACGUCUCAGCUGCACAGCCAUCAGGAUGACACCCUCAUGGAGUCCUGGGACUCUCUCACUAAGUUCAACCAAUGCCAACGUGGACGUAUCUCCAACAUGGGCUUCGAAGGGGACAUCUUUGAUGAGUUCCUCCAGCGCCAGGGCCGCGGUCCUGCCGCAGUCCAAGUCAACCCCUCCACAGCACCCAGGAGCCCCCAUUCCUCCUCCACCACUCAGGGGGCACUGUAUGAAGGCCCUGAUGAUGAUCCGGCCAUGGAGCGGGAGGAUGAGUUUGAGAUCCCUGUGCUGCCACAGGGCUCUAGACUGGUCGUCAACAUCCUGUCCACCUGGGGCGAUCGCCACUACGUUGGCCUCAACAGCCUCGAGGUGUUCAGUUCCAGCGGGGAGCCCCUACGACCUGCUCACAUCCGCGCUGACCCUCCAGACAUCAACAUUCUCCCCGCAUACGGCAAAGAUCCACGCGUGGUCACUAACUUGAUCGAUGGCGUUAACCGUACGCAGGAUGACAUGCAUCUUUGGCUAGCGCCGUUCACCCCCGGUCGUAGCCACACCAUCAUCCUGGACUUCGGAGCUCCCUACCAGGUGGCCAUGAUCCGUGUGUGGAACUACAACAAGUCACGCAUUCACUCCUUCCGAGGUGUGAAGGAGGUGGAGAUGCUGCUGGACGGAAGGUGCAUCUUCAGGGGCGAGAUUGCCAAGGCGUCCGGGACCCUGUCUGGAGAGUUGGACCAAUUUGGCGACACCAUCCUGUUCACCACUGAUGAUGAGAUCCUGGAGGCUAUGUCUCGUUAUGAUGAAACCUUCCUCAGUGAAGGCGAAAGUCCCGACAGCCUGGUGGCUGAAGAGGAGCUGCAGAGACCGCGCACCGCCGACGGAGAGGGAGAGGAAAGACCCUUCACACAGGCCGGCUUCCGAGAAGAAGACCUCAAAUUGAAACUCCACCUCAACCCCUCUGUGAGCCAGUCUGAGGAGAACAUGGAGCGUGUUCCUGGGAUGUACACGGGAAAGUGCCUUAGACUAGAGCUGGUGUUGACCUGGGGGGACUCCCACUACAUGGGCCUGACGGGAUUGGAGGUGGUGGGGAAAGGUGGAGAGAGUUUCCCUUUAGACCUCAAUAUGAUGGCUGCCUCACCCGGGGACCUCAACGACCUGCCUGAUUACGAAUACGACCGGCGCACACUUGAUAAGCUUAUUGAUGGCCACAACAUCACCACUGAUGACCAGCACAUGUGGCUGAUCCCUUUCUCCUAUGGAGAGCCCCACACCUUGAACAUGACGUUCAACCAGGCCCAGACCAUCGCUGGACUCCGUAUCUGGAACUACAACAAGUCCCCCGAGGACUCUUACAGAGGGGUGAAGGCGAUCCACGUGUUCAUGGAUGAUGUUGCCAUCUCCCCCUCGGGGGGCUUCCUGAUCAGGAAAGGACCGGGCAACUGUCACUUUGACUUUGCCCAGGAGAUCCUCUUCGUAGACUUCCUCCAGAAGCCCGCCGUCAACAAGAGUGCAGAGGACUACCACAAAGGAAGCUCUAAGAAACAAGAACAGGCCAGCAUGGACUAUGAAGCUCCCAUCAUGCCCUGCGGAUUCAUCUUCCAGCUGCAGCUGUUAACGACCUGGGGAGACCCGUACUACAUCGGCCUCAACGGCCUUGAAUUUUAUGACCAGAGCCACGAGAAGAUCAGUCUCAGUGACAACAACAUCGCUGCGUUCCCCGACAGUGUUAACGUGCUGGACAACGUGAGCGGUGACGUGAGGACUCCGGACAAAUUAAUAGAUGGAGUGAACAGUACCCACGAUGGCAGAUGCAUGUGGUUAGCCCCGGUGCUCCCUGGACUGGUGAACCGCGUGUACGUCAUCUUCGAUCAGCCGGUGACGGUGUCCAUGAUCAAGCUGUGGAACUACUCAAAGACCUCACAUAGGGGCGUGAAGGAGUUCGGGCUGCUGGUGGACGACCUCCUGGUGUAUAACGGCAUCUUGGACAGUGUGAGCCACGUGGCACGAGGCAUUCUGCCCACCUGUGAUCCUGCGGUGCCCUACCACACCAUUCUCUUCACAGACGACGCCUACAUUGCUCACCGUGAGAGGAACACUAUCAUCAGCCCCCGUGGCAGCAGACACCACCGACAUAACUAUGUGGAGGACCAGGAUGUGAAGAUGACCAAUGAGAAUCAGAUAGUCCAUCACAACAAGAAGAAGCAGACGGCAGAUCCAGCUCUUCGGCCUAAAACCUGCAUGACCGAUGGUGGGAAACACGGCAAGAGGAGGUACUGACGGACAGAUGACGGCAGACGAACAGACACGCGUGGAUUCGCUGCUCGUCAAUAGAGAGCAGAAUUAAAGAGGAGGAACUAUAGCUGACAUUUUAAACCCACUUUUUGGUGGGUGACUUGAAAACAUCCCUUACCAAAGCUCCUCACUGAAGAAAUAACUGGGUUUGCUCACACACACACUGGAUUCCACUUUAUGGUUGGAUCCCUCUCCCCUCUCCUCUCUCCACACACACACACACACACACACACACACACACACACACACACACACUGUAUUGUUGCCCCGCUUCUCCCUCCCACAGUGCCAGGAGAAACCUUUGAGGCUGCAUCUCCAUCAGCCCUGUUAUUGUGCCUCGUACUAAACACUAUAUCUGUGGCUGCUACUUGUGACUUUUGUGCUGCAUAUUUAAAAUGCUGCUUGUGGCGUGAAAAAAAAAAAAGAAAGGGGGUGAAAGAUCACGGCCACACGAACACACGAUCAGGACGUGGCCAACGCUACGGUUAUUAAUGACUUGUGACGCACCAACCGAUCGUAAUGCUAUGCAGACACUAAUUUAUAUCUCUUAACGAUUCACUGUUGGCUAAUGUACUUCAGAGCCUAAAGGUUUUACUUGGGGAGUGCUUCCAGAGAGCGUUUCACCUUUUUGUUGAGAGAUUUCUAUCGAAGGCGACAGCGGUUAGAAACAAUAACGUCCAGCGGUUCAGAUUUUUGUACGUUUCAGACUCUACACUUGAAUUCUUCGAUGUAUAUUUGGCUUCACUAAAUUAGGGUCAGUAUAUAUUUCUUCUGCUUGGGAUCAGGUAGAAAAAAGAAACUUGUUUGCAAUCCAAGUGACCUUUUUAAUCGAAGGUAGACGAGCCAGUAAAGCGGUUUUUAAGUAAUUUGGUUGGAAUAUCUACAUUAGCCAUUUUAGAUCUGGAGUAGAUUCAGUAACAACUUCUAAUAUGCAAAAGCUAUAACCUUACCUCAAAUUGAGAAGACUAAUGUUUAAAAAGGGAAUCACUAGAACACUUAGUUGCUGUUGUCCUUCAUUCAUUGGAUAUUUACUGUAACUUGUUGCAUGGGAACGUCUCUUCAGCAUUAGCUGUUACCACAUUUAAGAUGUUAGACACUUGUGUUUGGAGGAGUUUCUGCUGCUUCAUAUAAACCAUUUCAUACUCCUUACUCAUGACGGGAGUAAUCGUAUAUGAAAUGCAGUUUUAUGUAUUUAAUUUGGUGUCCAACGGCAACAAUGGUCAUUACUCUGCAUCUCAGUGCUGCUCUGUAGGGUGGUGGCUAUUAUUGCGCGUGUGUGACAUUUAGUGUUUUGAAAUAUUUAAUUAUUUUUCUAAUCUUGAUUAAAUAUGUAUAUUUGAUGUAGUUUUAUUUGAAAUGAAUAAAAGUAUAAAAAUAUAUAUA